CACCCCCAUACCACGUCGCAUGGCAUGAAUGCUCUCCACGCAUUGCAGGCAUGCCAUGCCACCAUCAGUCUCCGAUACUAGUUUCCGGGGCCUUUGCGGAUAGCGACAGCAGCAGCGACUACGGCUCCGACUUUUCGCCCGAAGAAGAGGUGCUGCUGGACGAAUUGCUUGCCAAAGUCGCCACGAACCACGCGACCUCCGACUCUGUAGUCGCAAACCCUGCACCGCCAGCUCGACCACUCCCCGUGCCUAUUGAAGUCUCCGUGACGAUAGGAGAUAUCGAGGAUCAGUAUGCAAGUUCGUCGCCUCGCCCGUUGCCUCGGGUGUUUGGGCGGGAGAAGCCUGCCUGGCAGACACGCAGGACUUGGCCGUACGGUGCACGCCCAGCGCAGAUUCCAGGUCACCCUGGUACCACGUCUGCGUUUAGUUGAGCAUCCGAACUCCUCUGAAGGCAGAGAGAAGGAACGCGAGCGCCAAGCAGCUCGUCACCUCGAAGCCACCAACGAAGUAACUGCGGAGGAGGAUACGAGAUCCCCCAUGGAGCGAUUCCGACGACCCCCGAACAAGGCUUUCUCAGUCACGGACCUGAUCUCGCCCGCGUGGUGCGAGCUGCAGUACUGGUACACGCUUACGAAGCAUGGACGGAAACGCCGCACCCCGGCGAUGAAGAUGGGCAGUACGAUACACAAGACGCUCGAAGACGAGAUCUACACGACGGUGCCGGUUGAGAUUACGACCAAGGAAGAUGCGCUCGCCCUGCGCAUUUGGAAUAUCAUCCAGGGCUUGCAGCUGUUGCGGGAUUAUGGCAUUACACGAGAGCUGGAAGUCUGGGGCUUGGUGGACGGCGAGCUCGUCACCGGCGUUAUCGACCAACUGUCUAUCGAAUGCCCCGAUUCAGCCCUGGAGGCGACGGCCGCCUCUUAUUAUGCCGACAUUGAAGCGACGAGGGCGAUCAUGCCGGAGUAUCAGAUGUCCCUAACGGAUUAUCUGCUUGCGCCAUCACGGGGCGGAAGGAAGCUGUCCGACGUGUAUGCGAGAGAGGACGAAGAACCAGAAGCUGCUGCGCUCGAAGCGACCAGUAGCCAGAGUUCCUCCGAGCAGCUCCCCAGCAUACCCAGGAUUUACUUGACGGACGUCAAGACGCGCGGCAGCGCCUCCGUGCCGACGGUCAAGAGCUCCUCGUUCCGUCCCACUCAGCUGCAACUCCAGCUCUACUAUCACAUGCUCAAUCGCCUCGUCACCAGCGACGACGUGACCAUUGACCUUCUGGCCGCGCGGUACAACCUCGACGCGCAGCGUCCCUUCACCGACGCCUUCAUCCACGAAGUCGGCGGUCUUAACGACCAGUACUUUGACGCGCUAUCGAACCAGGAAUUCGACCCGGACUUCAUCUUGACACAAGAGGAUGCUGAGAAUGCUUCUUCUUCAUCCAAAUCACCAUCGUCCGCUCCAACUGCCAGCCAAGACUUCACCAGCAUUCUCACCUCUCACAACAAUCUCACAUCCCUCUGGACCCUAAUGAAGGAGAGCCUUCGCCUCACAUUCCUGCCCCCGUCUCAGCCCUCCAUCUCCGUUGCCCCAUCCAUCCCCUCGGAGUUCCAGCCAGCCCUGCUCGAGCCCUACCCUACCCUUCUCUCCCCGCUGCUCACCGCAAAGUACAUCUCCUCCAAGCCGACGACGGACGUGGAGAGACGCAUCCUGGGCAGCCGGUCGUUUCUCUUUGACCCCACUUCCAUGAACUCGUACGUGGCGGACCAGAUGGAGUGGUGGCGUGGCGCACGUUCACCCCGCGGGGUGGAGGUUAUGGAUGCGUGGAAAUGCCGCAUCUGCGAGUUUCGCGAUGAGUGCUCAUGGCGUCAGGAGCGGGAGUGGGACUAUUCGCGUCGGAGGCAGCAGAAGCUGGAUAUCGAGAUGAAUGCCACAUGAUUCGCUCUGCUGUUUGGACCUGUGGAUAUAUAUAUGUAUAUAUAUAUAUAGAUUUUCCUUUGGGAGGAUUGGGUCCGUGGUACUGAUAGGUUGAUAAGAGCGCUGUCCUCGGAUAGAUAGGACUACGGUUAUGAUGUGACUGAAUCUUGUCUGGGAUGAUCUGCAUAUUCGCAGAGAUAGAUCCUGUGUAUUAAGAAGGGUACUGGUCGAGACGAAAGUCUG